CACGCCAGGAGGCGUCCAUUCUCUUCCGUCCAAUAAGAUUCGUCUUUCAGCGGAACAGUCCAAAUAGAGCAAGAGCCGUCCCACACUAGCGUAAAGCAAUUUAAAGUUUGAAAGUUGAAACAAGGUUCUUUGCCCCUGGUCAUAGACCCUUUUCUUCUUCUUCUUCUUCGUUUUUGUGAAUUGCAAGUAGUGGUGGUGGUACUUUGAUCUCUGGUAGGGGAUAGAUUCCGUGAGUGAGUGUCUUGCUGCUUACCGCUUCAACUGAAAAGGAGAAAUGACUUCCAAGGAUGCCAAAGAUCAACGGCUUGCAAAAAUUGUUUCUGCGAUUCGGGUCAUCCCUAACUUCCCUAAGCCAGGGAUCAUAUUUCAGGAUAUAACGACUCUGCUUCUUGACCCACAAGCAUUUAAGGACACCAUUGAUUUGUUCGUGGAGCGAUACCGAGACAAGAACAUCUCCGUUGUUGCAGGAGUUGAAGCAAGAGGUUUUAUAUUUGGGCCUCCUAUUGCCUUGGCUAUUGGAGCAAAAUUUGUCCCUAUAAGAAAGCCCAAUAAAUUACCUGGGGAGGUUAUUUCAGAAGAGUACUCAUUGGAGUAUGGAACAGACAAAAUAGAAAUGCAUGUAGGAGCUGUACAGGCAGGGGAACGUGCCCUCGUUAUUGAUGAUCUCAUUGCAACUGGGGGUACCCUUUGUGCAGCAAUAAGGCUAUUGGAACGUGUUGGAGUAGAGGUGGUUGAGUGUGCAUGUGUCAUUGAAUUGGCAGAACUAAAGGGUCGGGACCGAUUAGGAGGCAAACCAUUAUUUGUCCUUGUAAAUGCAGAUUAAUGGGUGUUUUGUAGCUGAAUUUUGAUGUUGCGGUUUUUUAACUGCUGUAACUUUUCAUUGAGGAAAUAUUUGUUGGAGAAAUGCUUGAUAAUUCUUCUAUGGAUUAUGAAAACUGAUGUUGAUAUUCAAUGUAAUAUUCUUAGAAAAAUGAUAAUACUAGUUUGGACCUAGAGGAA